AUGGCUAAAUGUCGUGGUCUUUGUACAGCCAGGAAGUUGAGUAACCUUCGGUAUGAUCAGAAAUGGCAUGAUAAGCAAUACAAGAAGGCCCACUUGGGGACAGCCCUGAAGGCCAACCCAGUUAGUGGUGUCUCCUCCCAUGCCAAAGGAAUAGUCUUGCAUAAAGUUGGUGUUGAGGCUAAUCAGCCCAAGUCUGCUAUCAGAAAAUGUGUUCGAGUCCAGCUUAUUAAGAAUGGCAAGAAAAUCAUGGCUUUUGUUCCAAAUGACGGUUGCUUGAAUUUCAUUGAGGAAAAUGAUGAAGUUCUAGUCGCUGGUUUUGGUCAUAAGGGUCAUGCUGUUGGUGAUAUUCCUGGUGUCCAUUUCAAGGUGAUGAAAGUAACCAAUGCAUCUCUGUUGGCCCUGUACAAAGGCAAGAAGGAGAGACCAAGAUCUUAA